GACCUUACGAAGGACUGAGUGAGUACAAGCCUACAUGUCCAGCGCGAGGCCAAUAUAGCUUAACCUUUGGUCGAAAUGACACAACUGAACAGCCCUGGGUGUGCCAUCACGACACUUUCAAAGUUCACUCUAAUAACUCAGAGACAGCUAAACAGCGCUGUAGAUGUAGACCUACAUGUAGGUCUGCUGUAACGACCUUGUAGGCUAUGUACACAAUAUGUAUAGUACCCACACGAUAACGAAAGCGUUUGUCAUGGACGGAGCUCUCAGUCCCUGUGAUCAAGAACAAAGAGGGGAUCUGUCAUCGCCAGAGUGUCUGUACGUACGGGAUGGCUACUUGUACUGUGGGUACCUUAGGGUGGUGGAUAUAAAAAAAGGUGUAGAAUCACGCUUCGAGCAAAGUGGUGUCUCAGGCUCCGCGACACCUUUCUACUUAUACAAUCAGGCGCGGAUUGAGUACAACCUAGAUAGCUAUACAUCCGCCCUCGAUAAGCUGGCAAUACCAUACAUACUGGGCUAUGCAGCAAAGGCCAACCACAACCUAGAGAUCUUGUCUGUCCUUCGUAAACACAGCCAGGCCGUGAGCCUGACACUUGUCAGCGGCAAUGAGCUCCUGCUCGCUUUAAAGGCCGGAUUUGAGCCCCGGAACCUUGUGCUUAAUGGCAAUGGGAAGAAAAGAUGGGAACUGAAACUUGGUGUGGAGAAAGGCUGCCUGAUCAAUGUUGACAGUGAGUUCGGCCUGUACCACACGGUAAAAGUGUGCAAUGACCUGGGGAAAUCUGCCAGGGUACUCCUUAGGAUUAACCCAGAUAUCGACCCUGAUGUUCACCCUUACAUCUCUACGGGCCUCGGGGAGACCAAGUUUGGAGUAGAGCUGGAUGGAUUGGAGCCACUGCUGGAGAAGAUUCGGGAUGAACCACUUAUCCAGCUGGUGGGGCUCCACUCUCAUUUGGGAUCAACCAUUGAUAACACGAGGGUGUUCAGGGAAAGUGUAGAAAAGAUGCUGGAGUUGACAAAUAAAGUGAAGCAAAUGGGAUUCAAGGAUAUCAAAUACAUUGACAUUGGUGGAGGACUAGGAAUAAACUAUGCGAAAUACGCAAAUCGAACCCUGAGUAACCAGCACCAUGCCAUAACGUGGGACGCUGAUAAACCCAGGGAAAUCCUACAACUCGUCAGUGAGAAACUGAAAGCUUACCCCGAGACAAGAGAAAUUCUGCGGACUCUCAUCGGCGGUCUAGAGGACAAAACGCUUUCUCUGCCACAGUUUGUAGACAAGGUGGACAGCUUACUGGCUGAUCAUCCCGCUGUACUGAGAGCCGUGAACCAUCUCCUACCUGACGACCAUCAGCUACAGAUUUCUGUUCCCACACCCGAGGAUUUGAUCUCAUCUAUUCAAAAUCUUCUCCAAGAUGCGGACUUGACUCUGAUUCUAGAACCAGGCCGGUCCAUUGUUGGGGAUUGCGGCUGUUUGGUGACUGAAGUUAUAGGAUGCAAGAAAAAUGGCAAGAAAAAUUUCAUAGUAGUGGACGGUGCCAUGACAGAGGUGAUUCGCCCUUCCUUAUAUGGCGCUUAUCAUCAUGUGGAAUUGGCCGAGCCGACCUCUGACCCUGAAUUCCGUGUAUUUGACGUGGUGGGACCCGUUUGUGAAAGUGGAGAUUUCUUGGCGAAGGAUCGUCUUUUGGCCAAGCCUCACGAAGGCUGUACUCUGGUAGUGUUUGACGCAGGCGCCUACUGCUCAAGUAUGGGAUCCAAUUAUAACAUGAGAGCUAGGCCUGCCGAAGUCAUGGUGGACGGGAAUACGUGGAGGAUCAUUCGUGAACCAGAGACCUUCGAUGACCUCGCUAAACACUCUGGCCAGGGGUGUCUGGAUGCACCGAAACAACCAGUCUCUCCACAGAGUAGGCCAAUAUGAUCCUUGCUGUCCUUAUCAGUUAGCUAUCACACCACUCGAUCUUCCUGUAGACCAACGGUUUGCGAACAAUGAGGUCAUGGGUUCAAAUCCAGCACAUAGGAUUUCACCAAUCAUAAACCCGGCCACUGUUUUAUAUAUAAAAUAUUUUUGAUUGCGACAUGUAUCUCCAAAUAAAUCACCAUAGA